AUGGAGGAGAGCCCUCUCGAUGUUGAUUGGUUCACAGACUAUCCUGAUGUGGUUGUAAAAGUGGGGAAAGUGACUUUUGGCGAGAAAUCCAGGAACAAGAUGACAGAUUGUAAUUUGAGAAGGAAACAAGUUGGUAACAUUUCCCGAGCAGCAUGUGCAUUGCUGAAUUCAGGAGGAGGCGUGAUAAAGGCAGAGGUUCAUAACGAGGGCUACAGUUAUGAAGAACAUGGGAUUGGACAGGAUAUAGAAAAAGCCCUUACAGAACUCACUCCAUCUAAAAUGUCUCGAAAAUAUUUUGAUUUUGAAUAUAUGCGGGGAAAAAACUGUGUGUUAAUUUUUGUGAAAUCAUGGAGCAGUGACGGUUCAUCUUCACCCCGUAUUUGCAGCGUAAGAACAGGCUUGUGCCAAAGAUGUCUGACUCGAACUGACAGCAUGAGUCCUACUGAAGCAACACAAUUUCUCAAAGAGAAGGAAGUUUCUGCCAGGAGAAAACGUGAUGAGGAGACAGGACCAAGAGCUAAGAAAGCUCUACUAAGUGACGUUCAGCUGGAACAAAACAUGUAUACGUCUGCUGAAAGACUUUAUCAAAGAGACUUUCUCUGCUGUGGGGAAAAACUAAAUUUCACGGAGUCAACGCAUAUUGAAUUUAAGAAUUUUGCAACAAAGAACAUUUUGAAAUACAUUAAAGAGAUCCUGCCAAAUUACAUCUCUGCCUUUGCAAACACACAAGGAGGGUUUUUAUUUAUUGGAGUGGAUGAUAAUGGGAAAGUUGUUGGAUGUACGAAGGACAAAGUAAAUAUCAAUGAAUUAAAAGAAGUAAUAGAAAAUGUUAAGGGGAAAUUACCCAUUUCACAUUUCUGCAGUUCUCUGCCUGGAGUGGACUUAAAAUGCAAAAUGCUGGACGUGUAUGAUAAAGAUCAAAACUUGUAUGGUUAUGUCUGUGCUGUGAGAAUCCAGCCGUUUUGUUGUGUUGUGUUUUCGGAGACUCCGGACUCAUGGACAGUGAAGGACAAUAAGAUUGUGAGGAUGACAGCCAACGAAUGGACAGGCUUGAUGAUGGCAACUGACCCAGAGAUUUCAAACUUGUGUGACGCUUUCAGGGCUGAGCUGAGUGUGUCAUGUGCACCCCCACUCACCAAAACCGUGUUUUCCAACAAAGGCCUUGCUUGUCUGCGUGAUCUGCAAGAAUCUCUAUUUCCAGCAAAUGAUAAUGGGAUAACAUACAAACCAGACAACCUCAGCAAAGAGCUGUUCUCAGAGUAUCCAGGGCUGGAGGAUUUAAUGAACGAGCAAAUGGAAGAGCUGCAAUAUUCUCAGGGACUCCUGAUAUUUGCAAGAAGCUGGGCUGUUGCUGUUGGAUUGCCAGAGAAUCAGUAUGUUGUCUGUGAUGCUCUCUUAAUAGCCAAAGGCAAAUACCCAAUGCUGUACACGGUCACGGAGGAUUGUUCCAUGGUUGGGUUUAAAUAUUCAAAAAGUAUUGCUCGUACGUUAAAGCUGAAACUGGUAAACGAUGGGGGAUACACUCAGAAAGUGUGUGUGAUUCCCCAUCUCCUACAGCUUGGAACCAACAGAGAGCAAAGUAAUGACUCACAUGUACAAGUCAAGUAUCCCGAUACAUAUGUCCUCUUGCACAAUGACAUGCCAGACUUACUUCACUCACUUGUGAUAAUCUUGUUGAGUUUUAGAUCCUUCUUAAGUGACAGGCUUGGCUGUGAAUUUUUCAACCUUCUCACCAUUAAACAGUAUGAGAUACUAACAAAGAAUCUUCACAAAUCCAAGAAGCUGUUUAUCUACGGCCUGCCAGGAACAGGGAAGACCGUUGUGGCCCUGAAUAUCAUAGAGAGGAUAAAGAACAUGUUCCACUGCAAAUCUGAUGAGAUUCUGUACAUUUGUGAGAACCAGCCUCUGAAAGCAAUUGUGGAAAGGAGAAACAUUUGCCAGUCUGUGACCCGAGUUGCUUUCUUAAAGGGGAAUUAUCAACCAGUGAAGCACGUAGUAAUUGAUGAGGCCCAGAAUUUCCGGUCAGAGGAUGGCGAUUGGUACAGAAAAGCUCAGUGCAUCACCCGAAGACAUGGUCAUGGAGUUCUCUGGAUCUUCUUGGACUAUUUACAAACAAGUCACCCAUUUCCGUGCGGUCUUCCACAUCCAUCAGAACAAGAGCCUCAGGAGUGGCUAACUAUAGGGGUCCGGAAUGCCACCCAGAUAUUCAAUACCAUGGUACAAGAGAUGCGAAAUAUUGUAGAUUAUCCACAAAUUGAUAUUCCUUUUGAGCAGUUAAGAAUGCUACUAAAGGAAGCUGUAUGUGGCCAUCCCCUGCCAGGUGUUUGUACGGUAAAGGAAAACUUGGAGAAGGAUGAAAUAGCGACAGAUGUGGUUGCUACCUGUCGCCAAUAUUUCCGAAGUGGUUAUUCUGGGAAAGACAUUGCUAUCCUGUGCAGCACAACGAAAGAGAAGGACAGGUAUCAUUGCAUAUUACAACCCCGAAUGAGAGCGAUGAUGAGACAUUUCGGACUGGAUGCAGUUUUCACAACGGCAGACAACGUGCUGGGACAGGGCAUUGUUCUCGACAGCAUACGCCGCUUUUCUGGCCUGGAAAGAAACAUUGUGUUUGGUAUCAACCCAGUCCCUGUCCCUACACAGGAGGAGAUUUCUGAAAAUCUUAAACUCUGUGUGGCAUCCAGAGCUAAUUUACAACUUCAUUUGCUGUAUGAAAGGUAA